AUGAAACACGGCGCGCCGCAGUUGAAAGACCAGUCGCUUUUCAUUCAGAAGGCGUACAUUAAUGGCGAGUGGGUCGAUGCGAAGUCCGGCAAGACUUUCGAUGUCUACGACCCAGCGACUGGAAAAUUGAUCGGAACUUGCCCCGAGCUCGAUACCUCCGAUGUUGAGAAGGCGAUUCAGGCCGCUUCCGAGGCCUUCCCCAAAUUCCGCACAACGCUAGGCCGCGAGCGCGCGCGCAUGCUGCGCCGCUGGUACGAUUUGUUGGUCGCGAAUGCGGAUGAUCUUGCUAAGCUGAUUACAUGGGAGAACGGAAAGCCCCUGGCGGACGCGAAGGGCGAGGUCAACUACGCCGCCAGCUUCUUCGAGUGGUUCAGUGAGGAGGCACCCCGCACAUACGGCGACACAAUCCCCGCUUCCAUCCCCGGAAACCGGGUCAUGACUGUUAAGCAGCCUGUUGGUGUGUGUGGUUUGAUUACGCCAUGGAACUUCCCCGCGGCGAUGAUUACCCGGAAGAUUGGCCCUGCCCUAGCGGCGGGCUGCACGGUCGUGGCCAAGUCUCCCCAGGAGACGCCCUUCACAGCGAACGCGAUCGCUGAGCUUGCGCACCGGGCUGGCAUCCCCAAGGGUGUUGUCAACUUUGUUACCUCCUCGAAGAACACCCCGGCGGUGGGUGAGCUCCUUACCACCCACCCCGAGGUGCGUAAAGUGUCAUUCACCGGCUCUACCAACGUUGGCCGCAUCCUCGGGAAGCAGGCUGCGUCUACAAUUAAGAAGGUCUCCUGGGAGCUCGGCGGUAAUGCGCCAUUCAUCGUUUUCGACGACGUCGAUGACCUCGACGCUGCCGUGACCGGCGCCAUCAACUCCAAGUUCCGCAGCUCUGGUCAGACCUGCGUGUGCGCUAACCGGAUCUAUAUCCAAGAAGGUGUUUAUGAGGAGUUUACCAAGCGCUUUGUCGAGAAGGUUAAGGACUUCAAGCUCGGUGGUGGUUUCGAUGCCGGUAUCACCCACGGACCUGUCAUUCACGAGCGCGCCGCCAACAAGGCCCAUGAACAUGUGCUGGAUGCUGUUUCCAAAGGCGCCAAGGUUGUUAUUGGUGGUCAGAGGGCUACCGCGCUCGGACCUAACUUCUACCACCCCACUGUUCUGACCGGCAUGACCAAGGAUAUGCUUCUCGCUUGCGAGGAGACUUUCGGCCCCGUGGCUGGUCUUUUCCCCUUCAAGACCGAGAAGGAGGUUGUUGAGCUGGCUAACCAUGCCGAGGUCGGUCUUGCUGGUUACUUCUUCAGUGGUAAUGUUCGCCGCAUCUUCCGCGUUGCCGAAGCCCUAGAGGUUGGCAUGGUUGGUGUCAACACUGGUUUGAUUAGUGACGUUGCCUCUCCAUUCGGUGGUGUCAAGCAGAGUGGCUUCGGCCGUGAGGGCAGCAAGUAUGGUAUUGAUGAGUUCAUGACUAUCAAGACUAUAACUUUUGGUGGCAUGAGUCUGCCUCUGCAGGAGUAA